UAAUUGUAGUAAUCUCACUUUUGAUUGGCCUUAUGUCUGAUUUAUACUGCAGCCUACCGCAGGCUAUUACCGCAAGUGAUUCCGAUUGCAAAGAACACCUCGCCACCACCUUCGCCGCCUAUUCAGCCCAUCGACAACCAUUUGAGCGAAACUACACUUCCUUCCUAGUUCAAACGUAACAAAAUGGCGAGUUUCAGGAGAGCCCUCUUCUCCACCGUCCCUCGUAUUCUCAGCUCCAGUCGGACCUCCGCCGUCGCCGCUCUUCACAGGCCGGUAUUGGGUUCUUUCUGGCGUUUCUAUUCUUCGAAUGAGAGCAACCAGUCCGUUGAUAUCGACCUCUCCAAUGAGGAAAGCAAGAGGCGCUUGUUUAACAGGUUGUUGUAUAGGAGUAAGCAAAGGGGUUUCCUGGAGCUGGACUUGAUUUUGGGGAAAUGGGUGGAGGAUCACAUUCAUUCUAUGGAUGAAAGCGGAAUUAGAUCCCUUGUUCAUGUCCUUGACCUGGAAAAUCCAGACCUAUGGAAAUGGCUGACCUGUCAGGGUCAACCCCCGGAGGCUGUGAAGAAAAAUCUGGUUUUCAUGGCAUUGCGGGCAAAGGUCGUUAGCAAUCUGGACAACCAUGCUGCUCCUGAAACUAGAGCAACUCCUGGGCAGCCAUGGGUUAGAGGUUGGGAUGACUUCAAAAAGGGUCGAGACGGUCCAAUCACUGGGAACCAGUAGUCUUUUUGAUAGUAACAUGUUCAUUUGUAGCAUGUACAAAUUAUAUUAUUAGAAAUAUUGUCAAGAUCAGUAUACUGUGGGCUUUUGUGCAUGCAAAUAAUGUUGCCAAUGGCAAAAAAUAUCAGUAAACGAGUGUGCUCUUUGAUUUUUCAA